GAAGCCGCUGGCCCUGGCGGCCGAGACAGGCGCGGACGUUGUUCGCUGCGUCCCCCCGCCAGUCGCCGAGUCGCCGAGCAGUGGGCGGGCUGCUCAGGGCCAGGCGCUGGACUCGCCGACGUGGUCCAGGCCAGGGUCGGGCCCGCGCUCUGCGUGGUGGAUGGAGGACCACGGGGGCGUCCUGGCCAGGCUGAGCAGCCUGCCGGCGCCCCGGCACCUGCUCGCGUCGCGGCACGAGCAGGACGGCCUGCACGGCCUGCAUGCCCCCCGACACCUUCCGCCCAUCCUCGACCAACAGCAGCCCGCCGACGCGGAACACUGUGUCGACGUUGUCGAGGAGCAGCUCCCGAAUGUGGCCCAGGACGGCACGUGCCACAUCAUUGGCGAGUCCGUCACGCUCGCGGAGCUGCGCGUGCUGCUCGAGUGGCCCAAGGUCAGCCCCGGCGCCCAGCUCGGCGGCAGCGGCGAGGGCGGCACGCGGCGGCUGCACGGCGCGCCUCCCAGCUCGGGCGCCGUGGCUGCGCCGACGGGGCGGACGGCCUGGCUGCCGACUGCCGGGCCCCCGUCGCGGGGGGCCGCGGGGGAGCCCGCCUGGCCGCCGCCUGCCGGCGACGGCUGGCUCUCGUCGUCCGAGGGCUUGACGGCAUGCGCCGACCACGCCGCGCGGGACGCUGCGCAGGACGUCGAGGAGGGCCAGCUGGCGUUCUCCGCCAGCAUGCCGGCUGGCAUGGGCCUGUCGCGCGGCGUGACGCUGAGGCCAGAGCAGCAGCUGCAGCCGCAGCCGCAGCUCCAGCGUUCCCUGUCAUCCCCCUCUGGAGCAAAGAAGCAGCCGCAUCCAGCGAAGAAAUCGCAUCUGCGCGACGAGCCCACAGGGAGUCUCAUGGCACGAAGUCAGGCGCUGACGCGGCAGCGAUUGAUGUUGCAAGACUCCCAGUACAUGGACCGCUGCAUCAGCAACCUCAGAAGCGAGAGCAGGGAGGCCAGGAAGAUGGGGGCCUUUCAAGACACUGCGGCGGAGGGCCCGGUGAUAGAGCGAUUUUUUGAUCACCCCUCGCCAAGGGGCUUGCGGUCGGCGUCUGGCAACCGCAGCGGCAACCGCAGCAGCAGUCGCAGCAAACGGUCUACAUACUUUUCACGCGACUCAACAGCACUCACACCACGGGCGACGUCAAGCGCUGGUGCGUUCGAGAGAGGCAACCAGGCAGCCCAGCUGAAAGACAUCGCCCGCGGACUGAGGGAGUCGGGGGUCAGGGUCAGUCAGGCCCGCUCUGGCAAGCAGAUGAAGCAGGUCACCGAGAAGCUGACGGUCAUGUGCGGCGUCGCGAGGGUGGCCCGCAUGAGGAGCAGAGGCGAGCCCGACGCCAAGCCUCCGAAGCUGAAGCUGGAGAAGUUGAACAGAUUAACAGGGGAGCGAGGCCGCGUAGCUGAAAGGCGCCCUGCACAUGCACAACGUGGCUGGCAGUGA